CUUCGUGACGUUUGAACGGUUCGAAUCUACACGCGACGACCCCACACGCGCGCGUCACCACACACUCGCACUCGUACGUUAACCGUUUCCACUAUCCACUAGCCACUAUCCACUGGCCAACCGCUAACCGUUACGAUGUUCAAAGGACAUCUAUAGCCCCAACGCCGACGCCGACGCCAAUACAAAACCCAAACCAACAAUCGAGUGGAUGCAAAAUAGAAGCGGAGCGCAGCUUUGCACGUGACUGGAGCGGGGAAUGUUAAAGGACGCCGAGGAGUUGAUUAAACGCCGCACACUGACGUCGCGCCACAUGAACGACUUUGGACGCCAGGUGGCGGCCCUACCGCUGCCCCUGCCACUGCUGGCCAAGACCCCCACCAGCGAGCACGGCCCCAUGCACUCCACACCCCCCACAACGCCGCCCACGCCGCCGCCCCUGCCGCUGAACAUGAGCCAAACGGCCACUGGAGCGGCCGCGGUGGCCCACACAUCGCCAGCCGGCCACAGUCCACCGGCCACGCCCACGUCGGUGGGCGGGGGAGCCGUGGUGGCAACGGCCCCGCAGGAUCACUACAGCCUGCGCUGGAACAACCAUCAGAACCACAUCCUGCGGGCCUUCGACGCCCUGCUGCAGACCAAGACGCUGGUGGACGUGACCCUGGUCUGCGCGGAGACCUCCAUACGGGCCCACAAAAUGGUCCUGUCCGCCUGCUCGCCCUUCUUCCAGCGCGUGUUCGCCGAGACGCCCUGCAAGCACCCGGUGAUUGUGCUCAAGGACUUCCGCGGCUGGGUGGUCCAGGCGAUUGUGGACUUCAUGUACCGCGGCGAGAUCAGCGUGCCCCAGCAGCGACUGCAGACCCUGAUCCAGGCCGGGGAGUCGCUGCAGGUGCGGGGGCUCGUCGAGAGCUCCGUUCCGGAGCACACACCCACGCCAGCGGCGUCGCCCGACGACUUUGGCCUGCUCGAUGCCUCGAUGCUCUCCUCCAGCUUUGAGGACGAGUCGCCGUCGAGGGUGCGAGCCUCUCAGGCAGCGGCAGCGGCAGCGGCAGUAGCGGCGGCGGCGGCUGGGAAGCUGAUCAUGCCCGCCCGGCAGCACCUCUUCGGCAACCACCCCGCGAGCUCGAUGGCGGCGCUGAGUCUGCGCCGGAAGAGGGAGCAGGAGUGCGAGCGGGAUCGCGAGCUCGAGAGCGACCAGGAGCUGGGCGGAAGCUCGCCGAUGCCCAGACGCAAGCAGGCGCGACCCCGCCGUCGCUCGGGCGACGUCCCGCACGACUUUGCCCUGAACAAGCCCGAGGCGGAACCCCUGCAAACUGUGAUCAAGCACGAGCUGCUCGAGAGAAUGGAGCGGGGCGAGGAAGAGGAGGAGGAGGAGGAGGGCCAGGGCCAGCAGGAGUCGUCGCGGGCCUCAGAGGCGUCCCAGGAGCAGCCGAAGGAGAAGCGGCCCAAGCCCGAGGACAGCGAACAGCCUCUGAAUCUCAACGAGAGCCACCGGCACGAGCCGCAGCGGGAGCGGGAGCAGGAGCUGGAGGAGGAGGAGGAGGAAGAGGACCACGAGCAGGAUCAGGAGGACGAGGAGGAGGAACAGGACAUUGAAGAGCUUAUACACACGACGAACGAGCUGAGGCGGCAGGCGGCUGUGGCGGCCGCCAAUGCGGCAGCCAUGUCGCCCAUCCCCUCCCCCUGCCCCAGCGACGGGCCCGAGGACCUCUGCACCACCAAGAAGGACAAGGACACCGGCCACACCGGCCACACCGGCCACACCAGCCACACCAGCCACUCCAGCCACACCAGCCACACCGCCCACUCAUCCGAUUGUGAAUCGAACAACAACAACAACAACAACAACAACAACAGCAGCAAGCUGCAGGACAACAACCAGCGGAUCAUGCUCUCCCUGAAGGACAUCCGACAGCUGAACGCCAACCCGAACGCCUCGUCCACGCCCAUCCACACGCCCACCAGCUGCUCGGCGGGGGGCAACGGACUGCUGAGCUUCCCGCCGCCUGGGAUGCGGCCGCCCGGCCUCCCGGACAGCCCGCCCUGCCACAUGGAGGCGCUGGAGGCCCAGAUGCACGCCGCAGCCGCUGCGGCCGUGGCUGCCGCCGGCGCUGGGGAGCAUCCCUUCCACCACAUGGAGCACCAGAUGGAGAUGUCGCUGGCGGCGGCGGCUGCGGCCGCAGCCAUGCACCAGCGGGACCCGCGAGACCCGCGCGACCACAGCGCCUUUGCCAACAGCAUGCUGGGGCCCAUGGGCAUGUCCCCCUUCGGGGGACCCAACGGCGGGCCGCCCGGGAGCAGUGGCGGCCCCGGCGGCGGAUGUCCGGGCCAGGCGCCGCACGAGCGGCUCGAGGAGAGCAUGAACCGGCUCAGCAAGGAGCUGGGCAAGGAGUUCGGCAAGGACUUUGCCAAGGAGUUCGGCCCCUCCUCGCCGAUGAGCCUGCCCGGACACUUCAAUCAGCAGGACGGACAUCCUGGACACACGCAUCCGCCAUCGCCGCUGCCGUUUCCCGGCAUGUCCUCCGCCAUGACGCUGACGCCGCCGCACAUGUUUGGCCUGGACUCGCCGCUCGGCCUCUUUCCGCCCGGCAUCGAUCCCGGCAAGCUCUACAAUCCGCUCAUGGAGAUGAGCGAUCCGCGGGACAUGCCCGGCGGGCCACCGCCGUUCCUCAAGAAGAAAAUGCCACGACCCAAGGGACAGCACUCGGCCCCACGGGGCGGACCACCUCGCUCUUGGACCAACACAGAGCUGACGGAGGCCCUGCAGCACGUGUGGAACAAGAAGAUGACCACCUCGCAGGCCUCCCGCAUCUUCGGCAUUCCGUACAACUCCCUGCUGAUGUAUGUCCGCGGGAAGUACGGCAAGAGCCUGAAGCUGGAGCAGCUCCGCAAGGACUGCAUCAGCGGGCCACCCAUCGAGAUGCUCCAGAUGGGCAUCAGUGGGGGCAGCGGGGGCGGCGGCGGCGGCUCCGGCAAGAGCGAGAAGAACAAGGACCGCAAGGACAAGGACAAGGAGAAGGGCUCUUCGAGCAACAACACCUCGGGCAGCUCGGGCAAUGGCAGUGGCAAUGGCAGUGGCAGUGGCAACGGCAACGGACCCCACAGCGGCUCCGGCAGUGGCAACGGUCCCCUCAUGCCCCAUCCCAGCGACCUGGGCUCCUUGGGGCCACUCGACCUGGAGCUGGGACUGCCACUGGGUCCGCCGGGCGGGCCCCGGAGCGGCAGCUCGGAGCCUGAUCUGCUGGGCGGACCCAACGCCCUGUUCAAUCCCUUCAAUCCGCAAGGAUUCUACCCCGACUUCUCCGGCGGCUUCCCGGGACUGCCGUUGAGCAUGCUGAAUCUCCUGCCGCCGGCAGAGCGGCACCAUGCGGCGGCCGCCAUGCACCAUCUGGGCGUGACAAUGGACGAGGACUGCAAGUCGGUGGGCUCCAAGCAGUCCUCCUCCAUGGACGACGACUUUGCCGGCCAGGGCAUGUCCCUAUCGCUGGAGCAGCGGCGCGAGAUGGCCGCCACGGGGCCGCCCCUGACGCAGCUGAAUGGCGGGGGGGCAGGGCAGGAUUGAAACAUGUGGCGGGAUUGGGCAACCGGGGCUGCCAAUCCAAUAUACUUCCCGCCCUUCGAGCUCGACCAGGAGCAGAGUCCGGCACUGGGUCACCACAUGGCCUGUCGCGAGCUCAGCUUCAAGCCCGGCCCGCUCUUCAUGGCCCGGCGCAAGCUGAAGCGCUAUCGGGCCAAGCGGCCGCUGCAGCUCCAGAUGCAGAUGCAG